UGUGAUAAUCUUUGAGGGAGGCACUAAUUUUAUCGACCCCGAAAGGAUGAACGAUAAAGAAAGCUUCAGCUUUAUUUGAACUCAAAACGUAAUGAGUCGGAGAAAGCCACUAAACGUUUUAACCGGCUCGUCAAUUAAUUCCCUUGUUGACCUCUCUUCUGUCAUAAAAUACAUAAGUAUCCCAACCAAAACAACAUGGCUCUCUUCCUCAAGUCUGCGAGUCGUUUUAUUGUAAAGCCUUUAGUUGACCAAACCUCGUUCAUUUUAAAAUCCUCUUCGCGGUUAGCUCAAUCCUCUGUGCCUGAUGCCUCUGUUACACUCAAUAAAUCGAACGACCACGAAAAUACAGUUAUCAUAACUGACUCCUGUGUUAGCAGACUUAAAAAACUCGGUGACGAUUCUAUAUUACGUGUUUCUGUGGAAGGCGGCGGUUGUUCUGGAUUCCAGACCAAAUUCGAUCUUGUUGAAAGCAUCGAAAAUGAUGACAAAGUGUUUGAGAAAGAUGGUGUGAAAGUCAUCAUCGACAGCGAUUCUCUAACGUUCUUGCAAGGUUCCACCAUAGACUACGUAGAAGAAUUAAUUCGCAGCUCGUUUACUGUUGCUAAAAACCCACAGGCAGACCAAAGUUGUUCCUGUGGAGUUUCUUUCUCACUUAAAGACCUCUAAAAUUACAACACAACAACUGUUAUAAUUUAACCAAACAGAAAACUUUACAAUUAAUACCACCUAAACGACAGCAAAAACAGAACGACCCAGGGAGCCAUUUGUCCCGUAUCCGCAAAUUACACCCUUGUUGUCUUUAAAAAAAAAAAAAAAAAAAGAUACGAUUAUUAUUAAUAAUGUAACCAUUGAUCCUGGAUGGUCGCGGGUGGAAUGCCUUUGCUCAGAAUCCUGCUCGAUCAGGGCUAAAUUACAACCUGGUAACAAUAUGCUAUUUGUUGCAGUUUCUCUUAGAUGUUGAGAUUAUUAAAUAUUUUUAUGGUUUAUAUAUUCAUAAAUUAUUUGUAGGUUUUUCUUGUG